CACGUGACACCACCAAACCCGGAAACGACAUCAUAGCUCAUGCCACCUAUGUGUUUUCGGAAUGAAAACAAGCUAGUGUGACAGUUAAAAUGCUAUCAAGACAACGUAUUUAGGAAUUAAUCAAAACCAAUGUGCAAGAAAACGCUGCUUUUUGGCCCUGACGAUAAGUAGACCAUGAAGUACCCCAGCUACAUCUGUGUCUUUCUGUUGGGUUUCUGCUGUUGCGGAUAUUUUUCACGAGUGUCUGCUAGCAAUCACGAGCCGGAGACUCCAGACUGGAGGAUGACUCUAAAAACUAUUCGCAACGGGAUCCACAAGAUUGACACGUACUUGAAUGCAGCACUGGACUUGUUUGGUGGGGAUGACGGACUGUGUCAUUACAGAUGUAGUGAUGGGUACAAGCCGGUGCCUCGUCCCGGGUACAAAAAUCCACCGCCCAACGGAUGUGGUUCCCCCCUGUUUGGAAUUCAGUUUGACGUUGGCAUCCCGUCCAUGACCAAAUGUUGUAACCAACAUGACCGCUGCUAUGACACCUGUGGCCGGGAGAAACACGACUGUGAUAAGGAGUUCCAGGUCUGUCUGGAGAAAAUCUGCAGGAAUGUGCAGAGGACUCUGGGAUUGGCCCAAACUGUCCAAGCAUGUGAGUCAGCAGUGACUUUGCUUUUCGAUGCAGUUAUGCACUUGGGAUGUAAGCCUUACCUGGACAGUCAGCGAGCGUCGUGUGUGUGCCAGUAUGAAGUAAAGACUGAGCUGUGACGCCACCACAGCCACGAGACUGUCAGCUGACCCUUUCAGAAACUCAACACUAACAGAAGGAUGCUAGCAAUAAACUUUCUGUCUUUCUUAGAUGUUCUCAGGGAUAGAGCUACUGGGUUUGCACUAAUCUGUGUCUGUUGCCUCCUUUUUUAGAUGGAGAGUGGACAAUUAAUAUCUUUCCUAUGUCAUUGAUUAUUUAUAUAUAUUGUUCAGGGUUUCUGUGGUUUGCCUUUAAACCAGCAGUUUAUUUUAUAUUUCUGUGAAGUCUGCAUAACUUCCUCAGAAGUUUACAUUAAAAAAAGACUGUGACCAUGUUCAGUUUGAACACUUCUGACUGAACUGUUUUAAUUCAAUGGGAAAAAAAACUGUUUUUACCCCUCAGCUGUAAAAGGAUAAUGAGUUUUGUUUUGUUGUUAAAAUUAAUGUACGGUUCAGCUUUCCCUGCCUAAAACAUGUCAUUUGUUGACAAUGAGAAAUAUAUUAAGUAUAUAUAAAUGUCGCUUCCAGUACCAAACCAUUAUUGGUUACUUUAUUUAAUUAUAAUAGAUGGAGCUGUUUUGGGGGUUUUUUUUGUUUGUUUUAUUUGUUUCACCCACCCCCAGAGAUCAGUUCAGCGAUUUCUUUUAAACUCAUCACAACCUGAGUAACCUGCUAGAGCUUCGUCUAGAUUUCCUGAAAUCGCUUAAUUUUCAAGAUGUCAUUAGCGAAUAGUGAACUGUAAAAGAAAACAGCACAGCACAUUUCCCUUUUCUGUGACAAUAACAAGAACUUGUGAUUAAGUUGAUGUUUAUCUCUACCGUAUCUGAAGUGCUGACUGGUGCAGAUGUGACUUGUAGAAACAUCUUUUAAAUUUGCAAUAAAAAUAGUUGUGCUUUAA